AAUCCCUUCUCCUAGAGACACUGUUUCGCCCUCUUUCCUUCCUUUAUUCUGCCCAAAUGUUAGGCACAACGUAGCUCUGUCCAGGUCUUCCUCGUCUGGCGCUCCCAUAUCACGCUUCGGCGGAUUCGUACCCCUCGCGCUGCGCACGCGACUCCUCCGUUUUACCCACUCAAGAUGCUACGUUACCGCAGAUAUCGAGUAUUUGUGAUCUUUGCCGUAAUCGCUGUAUUCGCGCUGUAUAAAUUUGGUAGUUCGAGCACAUCAUGGCGAGAGCAGGUGGAGGACAACGAUGGUCCGAAGGGUGGGAAGGAGGAGCCAGUGGGGUCGCCCAUGACCUGGAUUCCACGCCCUCAGGUCGCACAGGAAACGAAGAAAUUCGACGUUGAGAUACCUGCCGCAAAGACUUCGCACGUCCUCGUAUCUCCUCCUGCGAUUUCGUCGGUCAGCCGCCCCGUCGACAGACCCCCUCUCUCGCCUGCGAUCACGCAGCCGACGCCCUUCCCGGCCGCAAAGCCUUCGGCAAUUGGCAUUGGAGGCCCUGAAAAUGACCAUACGAUACCCAAACCCAAUGAAGGGUUCUUUGAGCAUGGUGAAGGACGACUGGAGGUGCCUCCGUUACCUUCCAGCGUGGAGCCCAUCCACUGGAAGAAGCAAAGCGAACACUUCCCCAUUGCUUCAAAAUCGCUCAUUCCAUUGCCUUCUGGCGCGCCGAAGGCAAUUCCCAAGAUACAAUUUGCGUUCAAGGACGAGUCUCCGGCGGCAAGGGCAGACAGGGAAGCGAAGCUGACCAGAAUCAAAAGUGUAUUCAAGCGUUCUUGGGAUGGCUACAGAGAGAAUGCUUGGCUGCAGGACGAGCUAUCACCCGUAUCUGGCAAAUUCAGGAAUCCAUUCGCCUCAUGGGGUGCCACUUUGGUAGAUGCCUUGGACACACUCUGGAUCAUGGGAUUUGAGAAGGAAUUUGAAGAGGCUGUGAAGGCUGUCAAUGGAAUUGACUUUACUACUACACCUCGAGGAGAUAUUCCGUUGUUUGAGACAACUAUCAGAUACCUAGGAGGCUUAGUGGCCGCUUAUGAUAUUAGUGGAAUGAAGCACAAGAGCCUGAUAGACAAGGCAGUAGAGCUUGCGGAAAUUCUCAUCAGUGCUUUUGAUACGCCUAAUAGGAUGCCACAAACAUACUACUACUGGAGGCCGACCUUCUCAUCGCAGGCUCACCGUGCGAGUAACCGCAUAGUCUUGGCCGAAAUCGGUUCUCUCUCCGUCGAAUUUACAAGACUUGCUCAGGUUACGGGAGAUAUAAAGUACUAUGACGCUAUAGCACGUAUCACAGACCAACUCGAGGAAUUCCAGAAUAGGACAAGGCUGCCAGGCAUGUGGCCGACUUACUUGGACGCAUCCGGAUGCAAGAGCAUCGACUGGACUAAGCAACUUGAUACCUCGCUGCAGUCACCCCUAGAACUUAAAGACACAGAAAACGAGACAGAGGGACCCAGUACUACCCUCAAGCAUCUUCCACUUGAUCUGCCAAGUCCGAUCAUGUUCGUUGCUGAAGAGAAAUCGACAGAGCAGCCCAGGACUGCAAUAUUUCUUGAUGGGGGGAAAGCGGCAGAACAACCCAGUACCGCAACUGUGAAGCUUAUUCCCCUCGAUCUACCGAGUCCAAUUGUAUUCGUGCCAGGGAAGAAUGAGCCCGGAAAAGGAAAAAUCAAGAAUUGGGAUGAUGAAACCACCGUUGGUGACCUUUACAAGAAGGAAGGGGAGAAGGCUGCAAGUGUCAAAUCCGCAUUCAAAGCCAGAAGACAGCUCGACGACACAGAGGUUUCUAAUGGAGAAGCAGCGGCAAGUGUUGUAGAUAAAUCAGCCCCCUCGGCUUCACUCACUCCAGUUCGGCCGGAAUGCGAAGACCAAGGUUUUGUAUCUUCUUCCGAGUUUGGCUCUGAAGACUAUACGCUAGGAGGCAUGUCCGACUCAACCUACGAAUAUUUGUCCAAGGAGUACCUCCUUCUCGGUGGUCAGGUCGAAAAGUACCGUACGAUGUUUGAGCAGUCCAUGGAUGUCGUCAAGGAGAACCUGAUUUUCCGUCCUAUGCUUCCUAACGGAGAUGACAUUCUCUUCUCUGGUGUUCUCAGCGUGCCUUCGAUUCCGCCCAAGGUCGGGAAAGGAGAGUUCCAAGCAGAGAAUGCGCAUCUCACCUGUUUCGCCGGCGGCAUGUUCGCAAUGGGAGCUAGGAUCUUUAAUCGAGAAGAGGACCUGAAGAUUGCCGCGAAACUCACAGAAGGAUGCGUUUGGUCCUACAACAUGACCUCCACCGGUAUCAUGCCUGAAGCUUUCAUCGCAGUGCCUUGCGAAAGCACGAAGCAGUGCGAAUGGAACGAGACAAAGUACUGGGAGGUUCUAGACCCUGGAGCGGAUGCUCGCGUUACUUCGUAUGAGCAACAGAUGGAGACCUACAGUGCACAGAUGGCAUCAGCGUCCGCGUUUUAUGAAGAACAACUAGCUGCCAUGACUGCUCCACCUGUCCCAACCGCCAGCGGUGCGUUCGAAGCGGCAGCUACGCCAACUACCGGUGUGUCUGACUUGCUGAAGCGACAGUUAGAUGACCAUAGGGAGCUUCCGACUGGUAACAGCACGCAUGAAAUUGAACGAGAAGACGAUGAACCUCCGACAAAAGUCCGUGUAGAAGAUCCAAGCACUGAGCCAAGCACUGAGCCCAGCUCAACUUUACCCGCUUUCCCAGUCAUAUAUUCGCCAAAACCUCCUCUUACACAUGAGGAAUAUGUCAAGAACAGAAUCCAAGAAGAGCGGCUACCACCUGGUGUCGCUGUCAUCAAAGCCCGAAACUACAUCCUACGCCCUGAAGCCAUCGAAUCCGUCUGGUACAUGUACCGGAUAACAGGCGACCCGCACUGGCGUGAAGUCGGGUGGCGCAUGUUCGAAGCUGUCGACCAAUACACCUCAACAGUGCACGGCAACUCCGCGAUCGACGAUGUUACGAAAACCUCGCCGGAGCUGCUGGACGAAAUGGAGAGUUUCUGGCUAGCUGAAACGAUUAAAUACUUCUAUCUUCUUUUUGCAGAGGAGAAAGUUGUGAGCCUGGAUGACUGGGUAUUGAAUACGGAAGCCCAUCCGUUUAGGAGGCCGAAGUAGAUGGGAUGGGUGGGUUAAGGUGGGAGUUGUGUGUAUGUGUUUAGGCGAACGGCUGUUGCAUUUGCAGACUUUGCAAGCGGCGUUUUUGGAUUCGGUUGAGUGUAGCAUUAGGAUAUCUCGAGUUGUUGGUAGGGGCACGGCACAGCGGCUGGUUAGCUGCUGCUUGGUGGUGCAUUCUUAUAUGACAUAUAUG